CUCAUCCUCAACCCUCACCUCCGUCCAUGGCGCGCCGUUCGCUGCCCCCCCCCGUGGGAUGGGAGGCGGCGCGGGCGGCGCGCGAUGCCGACCCCAGCGACGGCCGGGAAGCCGCAGGGCGCGGAGCACAGGGCCCGCGCAGGCGAGAGCGAGGCCCUGCGCCUCGUGGCAGCGGACGCCGCUGAUGGUGGCGGCGCGGCACGGCCAGCUGGAGGUGGUGGGCCAUUGCCUGGGCACGUCCUGCAGGCAGCCACAGCUGGACCUGGUAGACGAGCGCGGAGACACGGCGCUGAUGAUCGCGGCGCGCGAGGGCCACGCCCAGGUGGUCCGCGCGCUGCUCGCGGCCGGCGCCGACCCGUGGGCGCGGAACUCCGCGGGCCAGUCGGCCGCAGACCUGGCGCGCAGCGAGCCCAUCCGGGCGGACGUCAUGCGGGCGGAGGCGAAGCUGGAGGCGCUGAGGAGGACCUUUCUGGCGCAGGCCGGCGUGGCGGACGAGGCCGACGGUUCCGGAGGCGGGGCGGGCUCCUGCCCGGCGGGCUCCUCGGGCGAGGCCGGCGGCGCCGUGGCCCUCGCGCGGCCAGGGCCCGCACGCGCGGGCGCGGCGCUCGACGGUGAGUGUCCCUCCUGACCGCCCCCGCCGCGCGGGCCGCCGCGCGGGCGGCGGGGGGGGGCACGCGGGCCGAGAUCUCCCUGCGGCUUGCCGCGCGGCG